AGCGUCGUCAAUUUGUUGAUGGAUUGCCUUCGUCAGUCAUCGUUGUUGUUGUUGUUGUUCUUCUUCUUGGUGAUCGGUGCAGAUCACGCCCCUCCUUCGCAAUCAGCCCUAAAUGCACGAUCAAACCCACUUUUUCACAGAUUGUGGGGAACCACUAUUGAUUGCUAGAGAGAUUGUGUAUCUUAGGUUUUAGAGUUGGAGUUUCGGUGGUUGUGGGAUUACGAGAGAGAGGGAAGGAAGGAAGUGUCUCGUUUUUGGUUUGAGGUUGGUUGGUUGCUUCUGGUGAAGCUGAGAGUUUGAGAGAGUGAAAUUUGGGGAGGAGAGAGAGGGAGAGAGAUGGGGGGAGAGCCGGAUGGCGCUGUAGCGGCAGCGGAAGCGAGCCCAGCGGGGGGGAGCAGCAGCAAUGCGGUUGUGCACGUGCGCUGCUCGAAUGGUAACAAGUUUGUGGUGGAGGUGGAUUUGGGUGCAACGGUUCUCACAUUGAAAGGGUUUCUGGUGGAUAAGUCUGCUAUCCCGGCAGACCAGCAGCGGUUAAUUUACAAGGGUCGGGUGCUUAAGGACGAACAAACGCUUAAUAGUUACGGUCUGCAAAGCGAACAUACUGUUCAUUUAGUCAGAGGAGCGCCACCAUCGUCCACACCUGCCGGUGCCAACCCUGCUCCCACGUCAAACCCGACUUCUGCAUCUCCUCCAGCUAAUCCUGGUGGCUUAGGGUCUGCUCCAGGGUUAGGUGGCUUAGGUUUUCCUGGGUUGGGAUUGGGUUCAAGUGGUGGUGCUUCCCCGCCCUUUGGAAUGGGUCCUUCAGAAUUUCAGCAGGUGCAGCAGCAGCUAAUGCAAAACCCCAACUUAAUGAGAGAAAUGAUGAAUAUGCCUGCGGUUCAGAAUCUAAUGAACAACCCUGAUUUAAUGCGAACAUUAAUAAUGAGUAAUCCUCAAAUGCGAGAAAUCAUUGAGCGAAAUCCAGAUUUGGCCCAUAUUCUGAACGAUCCCGGCACACUCCGGCAGACAUUGGAUGCCGCUCGAAAUCCUGAACUUAUGCGAGAAAUGAUGAGAAAUACAGAUCGGGCCAUGAGUAACAUCGAAGCCUCGCCCGAAGGGUUUAACAUGCUCAGGCGCAUGUAUGAAACCGUCCAGGAACCGCUUUUGAAUGCUGCAACCAUGGGUGGAGAAGGCGCAAACGACAUGGCUUCGAAUCCGUUUGCAGCUAUGAUGGGAGUAAAUGGGAAUCCACCACGUCCAGCCCAAGCUCAAGGUGGAGCUAAUACUAAUGCUGCUGGAACAACACUACCGAACACUGCUCCUCUACCGAAUCCUUGGAAUCCUACACACUCAGCUGUGUUACCAGCUGCUGGAACUGGAGCUGGCCAGACACCAUCGGCAGUACCAGGAGCAGAUGCAGGAGGGGUUCUUCCGGAUCUUGCGGGACUUGGCCUUCCAGAUCUUGGGAUGAUGGGCGGUGCUGGUGGGCUUCUGGAUCCUGCAAUGAUGCAGCAGAUGCUUCAAAACCCGCAGAUACAGCAGAUGAUGCAGGGGCUCCUGUCCAAUCCUCAAUAUAUGAAUCAGAUGUUGAACCUUCAGCCUCAGUUACGGAAUAUGCUGAACCAGAAUCCUCAAUUUAGGGACAUGAUGCAAAAUCCUGACUUCAUUCGACAAAUGAGCAGUCCUGAGAGCUUACAGCAAAUGAUGCAACUUCAACAAGCCAUGAUGGGUCUCCGCGGACGGCAAACUCCUGGACAAAAUGCUGGUCAAACUCCAGCUGGACUGGGUGAACUAGGUGGACUGGGCGGACUUGGCGGUGGAAUGAAUAUGGACGUCUUACUUAAUAUGUUUGGAGGUCUUGGCAACACUGUUCCUUCUAACCCUGAUGUGCCUCCUGAACAACUAUACGCCUCACAGCUGUCCCAGUUGCAAGAAAUGGGAUUCUAUGAUACUCAAGAGAAUAUUCGUGCACUUAGUGCUGUUGGCGGAAAUGUACAUGCUGCUGUUGAGCGGCUUCUAGGGAACUAGGAAUAACCUUAUUAAGUGUGGGCUGUCUAUUCAGAGUCCAAGUUGCAUUGGCUGGAUAUUGAAGGUCCUUGCUCUAGUUUCAGCUGAUUCUCUGUUAUGGAUUAUGUUCUCAGUUCUCAUCUUGGUAUAGGGCUUCUGUUCUUCCCAUGGAAUGUGAGAGCAAGUAUGUCACGAAUUUUGAGAGGUUUUCCAUAUGCUCAUGUCACCUCCUCUGUUUCUAAGAGCUGGGUGUGUAUCUUAGUAGAAGAUAAAUGUUGCCUCACCAAUUGGAAUACGUGUGAUGGCGGCUAGAAAGGUUUACACGUAGAAAAGGUGUAUAAUGCCCUAUUUCUACCAAGACGUUUGGUUAACCCACCGAUGUAUGAUGCUAGAAUUGCACGUCCGAGUCUUUUUAGGAUGGCAAAGAGCAACUCCCUGUCAGUGGCUUUCUUCAUGA